AUGUUUAUAAUCAUCAAACAUGGAGAUAAUCAGGAAUUUUUGGUUAACACCAAUUGUUCUAUCCUCCUGUUGCUCCAUUAUAUUCGCACUAAAUUGGGGUUGAGGAAAACAGACACCAUCGAUUUGUGUGAUGAAUCAGGAACUAUGAAGCUGCUUUUCCUGUCGAAGACCCCUACAGAAUAUGCCAGCAAAUUCCUUACAGUUCGAAACACCUACUACGUUUGUAAGGUGGAGCGUGGGGCUCCAGGAACCAGAAUUGAGAAUGCCUACAAAGUUGUUGUGCCUCUCCUGAAGCAUCCAGAACUUGAGCUGAUUGAGGCUCUUCGAACACAAUGUGAUAUAUUGGAGAAGAGCAGAUUAAAGAUGCUUAGAGCCUUGGAAGCCAAGAAACUAGCUGCAGCUGAAUCGUCCACGAAUGUCUCAGGAAGACUCCUCAAAGGCAGCUCAUCCCAGCAUUUCUCUCUCAGCCAGCAAAAGUCCAAGAUAGUGCGCACUGGGACUGAUGACGAUGGGACCCCUCUCCCACGCAGACCAAUCCUUAAGAACAGAUCAGACUUUGGUAGGAAGGAUCGACAUCGCUGAGUGAAUGACGUGACCAAUCCAAGAUAGUGCGGAAUGAUGAAGAUGGGUCUCCUCUCUUACCCAGACCAAUCCUUAAGAACAGAACAGAC